GAAAACUCCGGAUGGAGUUAUGAUUCUCAAUUUCUGGCGACAUCCGAACCGCUUCGGGCAAGAUAUUUUCCCUUCUCAUGGAGGAAGAAAUCUUCCCUCUGGGAUGAUAUCCUGUGGAAGGCAGCCCCCAGUUGCGGUAGUUUCAUUUUCUUCCCCUCCUUUGUUUCUUCUUCCUCUUGCUUCUCUCGUUCUUCACCAUGGUUUGCACAGGCUCGCCGCUACCAUGUUCGUUGCCGUCAAACGCGCUCUGCCCAAAUGAUUUGCCUCCCUAUAGACUAUGCCCAACAGCCACUAACACCAUCACCAGCGUACGCUCCUCUCUGGACUCAUCUUCUUCUUCAACAACUCUGGAGCAAACUAAUGUCCAAGAUCAGUUUAGGUAUAGCAGAGCAUCGCCGUCCGUACGAUGGCCGCACCUCAAAUUCGAGGGCACCACCACUACCAACAAGAGCAGAACAGGCGCACCAAGUCUUCUCGUGGAGGAACCUGGGUCAGACUAUUCAACCAUCGAUUCGGGUAGUGCUGGAUUGGAGCAGAGUUCUCAGAAUGUAGAGCGAGAGGCUGCAAAGACAGGGGGUUCUGAUGCUGUGAAUGAAAUUGGUGGUUCGGUGGAGUCGCAAAAUGAGAAGGAUGAAGUUCUACCUUCUCGCAGCAGAACCAAGAUCAAGAAGAUGAACAAGUUGGCGCUCAAGAGGGCGAAGGAUUGGAUGCAGAGGGUUCAGUUCGUGACGGACGAGAUACUGAAUCUGCGACCGGACGAGUUCGUCGCCGACGUGUUGGACCGCCGGAAGGUUCAGAUGUCGCCGACGGAUUACUGCUUUGUGGUGAAGUGGGUGGGGAAGUCGAAUUGGCAGAGAGCGCUGGAGAUUUAUGAGUGGCUGAAUCUCAAGCAUUGGUAUACUCCUAGCCCCCGCAUGCUAGCUACUAUUCUAGCUGUGCUUGGCAAGGCCAACCAAGAAGCUCUCGCGGAGGAGAUUUUCGAGAGGGUGGAGCCGGGGAUCGGGAAUGUUGUUCAGGUGUACAAUUCGAUGAUGGGAGUUCAUGCCAGGCACGGCCGUUUCGGUAAGGUCCAGGAACUGUUCGACUUGAUGAGGUCUAGAGGCUGUGAGCCGGAUCUAGUGAGCUUCAAUACCUUGAUCAAUGCUCGCGCCAAGUCGGGGAUGAUGCCUUCUGGUUCUGCUCUGGAGCUUCUGUCUGACGUAAGAAGAUCCGGUCUUCAACCCGAUACGAUUACUUAUAAUACUUUGAUUAGUGCGUGCUCCUUGGGGUCGAACUUGGAGGAUGCGAUUAAGGUCUAUCGGGAGAUGGAAGCUAAAGGUUGCCAACCAGAUCUCUGGACCUACAAUGCCAUGAUUUCUGUUUAUGGUCGAGCCGGAAUGGCGAAGCAGGCCGAGUUGCUGUUCCACGAGCUGGGGAGGAGAGGCUUCUACCCAGACGCAGUGACGUUUAAUUCGCUCUUGUACGCGUUUGCAAGAGAUGGGAAUGCUGAAAAAAUUGACAGUAUCCGGAAAAAAAUGGUGGAAUAUGGAUCUAAGUUGGACGAGAUUUCAUACAACACCCUUAUUCACAUGCAUGGAAAACAAGGUAGGCAUGACUUAGCGUUUCAAUUGUAUAAAGAUAUGAAAUUAGCUGGUUGCAAUCCUGAUGCUGUCACGUACACGGUGCUAAUAGAUUCACUUGGUAAAACUGAUCAGAUAUCGGAAGCUGCAGAUGUGCUGCUGGAGAUGAUUGAUUCAGGAGUGAAGCCAACGUUACAUACAUUUAGUGCAUUGAUUUGUGGGUACGCAAAGGCUGGGAUGCGUGAGGAAGCUAAGAGAACUUUCGAGCAGAUGGUGAGCUAUGGAAUAAAGCCGGAUUCAUUAGCCUAUUCAGUCGUUUUGGAUGUAAUAUUGAGGUCCAAUGAUACUGCAAAAGCUUUGAUUAUUUAUCAGCGAAUGCUUAGAGAUGGUUUCAGGCCAGACAGAAAUCUUUAUACAUUCAUGAUACAGAUGUUUUCUAAAGAAAACAAACACGGAGAUGUGGAGAAAAUGAUCCAGGAUUUAAAGGAAAUUCAUAGUGUGGAUCCAAGUGAAAUCUGUACCGUUCUUGUUAAUGCACAAUGCUAUGAUCGCGCCUCUGAAUUUUUGAAGAUUGCUGUAAGACAGGGCAGGGAGCCUGAUCAGAGUAACUUGUUAUCUAUCUUGAAUUCACAUCUUUCAUUGAACAGACACACGGAUGCAGAAGAACUCAUUAAUUUUCUGAAAGAGCAAGCGCCGGCCGCUUACUCUUUAGUGCGUGAGGCAUUGAUCCUUGUGCACUGUAAAUCUCAUCGGUUGGAAGCUGCUAUGGAAGAGUAUCAUCAACUUCGUGGCAUUGGUGAUGUUAGCGUUGCUGUUUAUGAAUGCCUGAUCCUAUGCUGUGAAGAGAUGGAAUCAUACGCUAACUGCUCUCAGCUGUUCUCUGAUAUGAGAUUUUAUGGUGUGGAACCCACAAAAGAGAGUUAUAGACGUGUUGCUGUUGCAUAUUGCAAAUUGGGUUUUCCUGAAACAGCACAUCACUUGAUUCAAAUGGCAGAACAGGCUAAUAUCCAUUUUGAGGAUUUCUCUUUAUAUGUCACUCUAAUCGAGUCAUAUGGUAAGUUAAAGCUGUGGCAAAGAUCAGAAAGUGUUGUUGGUGUACUAAGGCAAUCUUCCGCCGUUGAUAGAAAGGUCUGGAAUGCUUUAAUUAAUGCGUAUGCUUUCAAUGGUUGCUAUGAGCAGGCGAGGGCAGUUUUUAAUAAAAUGAUGAAGGAUGGUCCAUCGCCAACUGUGGAAUCAAUAAAUGGUCUAAUGCAGGCUCUGAUUAAUGCCGAGAGGAUAGAUGAGCUUUAUGUUAUUGUCGAGGAGUUACAGGAGAUGGGAUUUAAAAUAAGUAAAAGUACAAUACUCUUGAUGCUUGAUUCUUUUGCAAGAUCAGGAAACAUAUUCGAGGUCAAGAAGAUAUAUCAUGGAAUGAAAACUGCUGGAUAUCUGCCAACGAUGCAUCUUUACAGGAGCAUGAUUGGAUUGUUUUCAAAAGGCAAACGAGUUAGAGAUGUCGAAGCAAUGGUGGCUGAAAUGAAGGAAGCAGGCUUUAAGCCCGAUCUUUCAAUUCUAAAUUAUACGCUUAGGCUCUACACGGAGAUCUCAGAUUUCAGAAAGACCAUAGAGGUUUAUAAUCAAAUUAGGAAAGCUGGAUAUGAAGCCAACGAAGAUACUUAUAAUACCAUUAUAUGCAUGUACAGUAAUGACCUUAGAGCAGAAGAGGCGUUUUCUUUGUUGCAUGAAAUGAUGGAAAAGGGAUUGCAGCCUAAGUUGGAGUCCUACAAGCGUUUACUUUGGGCAUGUGGGAGGCAGCAGCUUUGGGACUUGGCUGAAGAUCUAUUCCAAGAUAUGAUUUCAAAGGGAUGCAAAACAGAUCGUGCUCUUUAUCAUAUGAUGAUGAAAAUCUACAGAAAGUCGGGGAACCAUGUUAAAGCUGAAAACGUGCUUCUUUUAAUGAAAGAUGCAAACAUCGAACCAACUGUAGCAACAAUGCAUAUGCUGAUGGACUCCUAUGGCAUGGCUGGACAACCCACCGAAGCAGAAAAUGUUCUUAAUAGCUUGAAAACUUCGGGCUUAAUUAUCGGUAUGGCACCCUAUGCUUCUGUCAUCGAAGCUUAUCUCAAGGCUGGUGAUCAUACAUCCGGCAUUGGAAAGCUACUCGAGAUGAAGAAAGAUGGUUUGGAGCCAGACUACAGAAUAUGGACUUGCUUCAUAAGAGCCGCAAGUUUGUCUCAGCAUUCCAGCGAAGCACUUGAACUUCUAAAUUCUUUGCAGAAUGCUGGGUUUGAUCUGCCUGUCAGACUCUUGACAGAGAAAGCUGAAACAUUGGUCCGGGAGGUUGAUCUUGUUCUUACCAAAUUACAAUCUCUUGAAGCCCAUGCUGCCUUCAUAUUUGUCAAUGCUUUGGAAGAUCUUCUUUGGGCAUUUGAACGGCGGGCUACAGCUUCAUGGGUUUUCCAAUUAGCAGUUAGUAAAAGUAUAUAUGGCCAUGAUGUUUUCAGGGUAGCUGAGAAGGAUUGGGGAGCUGAUUUCAGGAAACUUUCACCUGGUGCCGCUCUUGUUGGCUUAACUUUGUGGCUUGAUCACAUGCAGGAUGCAUCAUUACAAGGUUCUCCGGAAUCUCCAAAAUCAGUUGUUUUAAUAACAGGAACUGCAGAGUAUAACAGAAUCUCACUCAGCAAGACCAUCAAAGCUUAUCUUUGGGAAAUGGGUUCGCCAUUCCUACCUUGUAAAACUCGAACUGGGCUCCUUAUAGCAAAGGCACAUUCUCUGAGGAUGUGGUUGAAGGAUUCUGCCUUCUGCAUGGACCUAGAACUGAGAGAUGUUUCAACACUACCUGAGCUGAACUCCAUGCAGCUCUAUGAAGGAGCUUUUAUGAGAGCAGGUCUAGUUCCCGCGUUCAGAGAAAUUCACGAAGGGCUUGGAGAAGUGAGACCAAAGAAAUUUGCCAAGCUGGCCUUGCUGACUGAUGAGAAGAGGGACAAGUUCAUUGCGGCAGAUAUAAAAGGCAGGCAGGAAAAGUUGGAGAAGAAGAAGAGGGGUGGCUUGUUAAAUCUAAGGAAGAGACACAAGCGUCAUGGGAGGAGACUUGUCGGGAGAAGUAUGCCACCACGUGAGGAAUUUGGUGCCUCUGCUAAGAAAGAGGCUGUGAGAUGAGCAUGGCUGCAUUAUUCAUCCUCAGGUUGGUGAGCCUCGGGUUGGUCAUGAGUUUACUUUCUCACCGCCCCAAGCCCGGGCGUGAGUCUUGUAUGAUUGAAGUCCGAAGGGACUUGGCAUCUGAAGCGAGAUCGAGUUCCUGGGUUUCGAAACCAACGGGAAUUGCAUCUUGUGCAGGUGAUAUGGAGAGCAUGGGCCAGCCAACCUGAAAGCAGUAUGAUGGGAGUCUGGUUGAGUUUCCGAAUUUGACUUUGAUGCUACUAGACCAGAGCCUCUGUUGUUGAUUCUAAAUUCGUUUACCGGCUUAUGGAGCAGUCAACCGUGCCACUGAUUCUGAUCCUAGGGAGAAUUCAUGGCUAAGAGCGUUUUGCAGAUUUUAUGGUGCUGCGACAUUCUAUCCCAACUUCUGGUCAGUUUGCAUUGAGAUCACAUGGACCUUGAGAUGUAUAGGUGAUGUUGAGGAAGCAUCUUUCGUGUCAAACAUGUGCUAUAUCAUAUGGAUCGGGCUUUUAUUUUGACAUACUGCAAUGACAGAUUACAGGAUUCAUCAGACAACUGAUUAUUUCUGUUGAUCCUCAUUUACCAAAAUGCUUACUUCUGCAACCAUUCAGUUGGCUUCCGAUCUGCAUUCCUGAAGUUUAAAAGUGAUCUAACAGUCACACAACAAAUGACAGGAUGUCUGGAACUAAUUAGACAUUACUUUGUUCAUGCUGGAAAUCGGUUCAUAUGGGUCGGUCUGAACAAUCACAAUCCAGCAAAUCGUAUGUUACAUGUCAAAACUUUUUCUAUAAGAAAGCUAGUGCUCAGUUGUCCUGGUGGUUUGAGGUUU